AGUAACAGGUGUGGUUAUUAUCCGUGCAUUUAAAGCUGCUCCCUGCUUUCAUUUUUCUGUUAACCACAGCUGAACAUCUCCACCAACCAUGGGAGACUGGGGAUUCUUGUCGAGUUUGCUGGAUAAAGUCCAGUCCCACUCCACGGUCAUCGGGAAGAUCUGGAUGAGCGUCCUGUUCCUGUUCCGGAUCAUGGUUCUGGGCGGCGGCGCCGAGAGCGUCUGGGGCGACGAGCAGUCGGGUUUCGUCUGCAACACUCAGCAACCCGGUUGUGAGAACGUCUGCUACGACUGGACCUUCCCCAUCUCGCACAUCCGCUUCUGGGUCCUGCAGAUCAUCUUCGUCUCCACGCCGACGCUGGUCUACCUGGGCCACGCCAUGCACGUCAUCCACAAGGAGAACAAGUUAAGGGAGCUGAUGGCCAGCCCCGGAGGCUGCCGCAAAACGCCCAAGUACACCAACGAGAAGGGCAAGGUGAAGAUCAAGGGGAACCUGCUGGGGAGCUACCUGGCCCAGCUGGUGGCGAAGAUCAUCAUCGAGGCGGCGUUCAUCGUGGGUCAGUACUACCUGUACGGUUUCAUCAUGGUACCCAUGUUCCCCUGCUCCAGAAAGCCCUGCCCCUUCACCGUGGAGUGCUACAUGUCCAGACCCACGGAGAAAACCAUCUUCAUCAUCUUCAUGCUGGUGGUGGCCUGCGUCUCCUUGUUUCUGAACGUGGUGGAGGUGUUCUACCUGCUCUGCACCCGGCUCCGAUGCAGAUCCAAGCCUCGCGUUCAUAAGAUCACGUCGGCGGAGAACCCGGCGGGGCUGUCGGGGCCGUCGGGGCCCAGGUGGUCGACCAACGACGAAGCGCUGAAGCAGAACAAGCUCAACCUGGAGAUGGAGAGCAACCAGAGCAUCGGUGGAAGUCUGGACGGCGCCAAGGAGGAGAACGACUCCUGA